UUGCCGGUCGUAGUGCACGCAGUCAGCACUGCGACUAAGCCGUUAGGAAACAUACAUUGGAUGGUCCCUCGCGCUGUCAACAACUUAUUUACUGGGCGUUCUCAGCUUCUCCAACGUAUUCAGAGCGCCUUACACGAUGACAGCGCAAGCAAUUCCAGACGCAAGCAACUCGUGAUCACUGGCUUGGCCGGUAUAGGCAAGAGCGAGGUGUGCCUGCAGGUCGCGAAUACAUUACGACAAGACUUCUGGGGAGUGUUUUGGGUUGACGUUGGUAGCCAUGCUACUGCUAAGAACGGCUUCCUAGCAAUAGCGAAAGCGCUUGGGUCUCCUGCCAACGGCAUCGAAGACUCGCUCUUGGCGCUAGCGAGCACGCAGCGACAGUGGCUGCUUAUUUUGGACAACGCCGACGACCCAAAAUUCGACUAUAGUCAGUACAUCCCAUCUGGCAUCGAGGGUGCCGUGAUUAUAACGUCCCGCAUACGGCAGUGCAGCCACUACAGCACUGUGCUUGCGGAGUUACUAGAUGCCCUAGAUGUACAGCAUUCCGUGCAGCUUCUGCUCAAAGCUGCGCGAGUCCCAGAGGAUCAGCGGCAGCGCUGCGACAAGCCGGCGCAGGAUAUAGUGCGCCUGCUGGGGUCUCACACGCUCGCGCUGAUCCAGGCUGGCGCAUACAUUGCAGAAGGGUACUGUUUGCUGGACGAGUAUCCUGCAAAGUAUCAGCGUCAGCGCAAGCGGCUUCUUGAGCACUCCUCAGAUCAAGAGCAGUCGCGGUAUCGAGAUGUGCACGCUACGUUUGAAGCGUCUGCAGAGGUUCUUGAAGGUGACAAGGCUGGGCAAGAUGCGCUAGGCCUUCUCGAGAUCCUGGCAACUCUAUCGUCGAGUUUGCUCCCGCUUCAGCUGUUUGCAGACGCAUGGCAAGGGGCUACGCGUGUGCUGAAGGCUGGCGCAAAGUCGAACGCGAUAGAUGAAAUGGAACGAUGGCACGCACUUCAGCUGCCGGGCUUUGUCGACGGGGAGGCGGAUGAGUGGGACGACUAUCGGCUGAAGAAGGCCAGCGCUCUCCUCACGUCGCUUUCAUUAGUGACGAGGAGUUCGACAGGCGGUGUUGACGGCUUGUCUAUGCAUCCUUUGACGCACGCAUGGGCGAGGGACCGGCUGAAGGCGCAACAGCGGCAGCAGGCGUGGGUGUCCGCUAGCUGCAUGCUUGCACUGUCACGAGGCCAGUCAGAGACGUGGCAGGCGUACGAGAGGGAGCUGCGGCCGCACGUGCAGUCUCUCCUCGCACUUUGUAUGAAGACCGUGUUCUCGUUGGGACCACGAAAGGAAAUGUUGGCGAUCUUGCUCCAAUGUGGCUGGGCGCUGAACGCAAUGAGAGAAGACGUCAAGCUCGAGGCCUUGCUUCUUGAGAUCUACGAUCAAGUCGAGAUUACGCCAGAGGAUCCAUCCGAAGAACAUGUGGCGAUCUGGGAUCUUGCGGGCAGGAAUGCAGGAUACAUGGGCCACGCAAGGCAGGCAGUGGCACUGCUAGAGCACGUUGUCAAGGUCCAAGAGACUACGCUGGCCGAGACUCACCCCGAUCGACUGGCAUCGCAGCAUGAGCUUGCUGGAGCAUACCGCGCCAACGGACAGACAACAGAGGCAGUAACGCUGCUAGAGCAUAUUGUAACCGUGAAACAUGUUGUACUUGAUAAGGACCACCCUUCACGCCUUGUAUCAAUUCAAGCGCUUGAAUAUAUAAAUGCUACCCUAGCAGAAGCUAGAGACUAGAUACUAUCAAUCAAAUUCUAUUUUUUCUUUUGCCUUGAAUUUUUGCUAACUGCUACUGUAACAACAAG